GCAUGCACUCGCGACGGGUCGUCAGGUGUACACAGAGGGCUUAAGGCUUUCUUGAAGAAGAAUCAUCAAUCUAUCAUGCAGAUGACGCUGCAGGUGAGUAAACUGAGAUGAAGAUAGGAAUUAGGUACGUAAAAUUAAGUAAUUUUCUUUCCCCUGAGAAGUGAUGCUAAUAACAGUAAUAUUUGCUGAUAAAGAAGGAUAAAAAUACUCGCCAAUUUCUUCAAGAAGCAUCAUGCAUCUUCUCCUUCUAAUUACGAAGAGGACAGAAAAGGUCGAGUUGAGCGAGAUUUAUCCGGAUUUGAAUGCGGAGGAAAUCGGAAUCGUCGUCGCAGCUAACACAGGUUUACCUGGUGGGGGAACGUGCAAGAUCCCGGAACCAAAAGAAGGGGAUGAUACUAAAGCUAUGGCUUUCACUUGUCAAUAUGCUGCCCCUGUUUUUUGUGAUAGUAACUGAUGGAGGCUUGCGAUGCUGGUCUCAGGUCUCCUGUUACCUCUCGGUGUCAACUAUCUCAUUUCUAGCACUGUUCUCUCCGCUUCAAAGCAUAUUUUCCGAUUUAGCAAGAACAACAACUUCAACGAGCUCCUCGAGAUGAUAUUAUCGAAUCUACAUCACCCGACUCUUCUAUUACUCCUCGGGAACAAGUAGACAAUCCUGGACCACAUCCACAGAUGUUUCCUUUUAUAUUAAUCGUCUAAUGUCUAUGCCGGCGAUUUUCCGUUACAACUGGACCAAAUCAAAUCGACCCACAGGUCGCAGGAAGAGUCGGUCGGUUCGAAUUGGUACGUCCAUCAGACAGCCGCCAAAUGGGUUUAUGAGUCGUAUUUCAAGAGUAUGCUGAAUGAAAACAAUUAUCAGCAUGAUGAUUUUGAUUUUUCCUCGUCGUGCUCGCUUCACGAAGUAUCAUGAUGAUAUAUAUACCGCCCACGUGCCCCCGGCGUGUACACACGCCGGGGCAGGGCGGAAGGGUCUUGCAAAUGCUACGAGUUACAUAAAACCCACACGGCCUACGGGCAUGCUACGAAUUACGUAUAGAGUGGCGGGCUAUGGAAUAAGCAAAGCAGCUACUUGCUACAAGCUACUACGUGCUACGUAAGCCCUCACCCUGGCAGCACCCGAAACGCCCAAAAAGGAACUACUUCGAACGAAUGAAGUAAACGGGUAACCAGAUACAUUCGCCGAGAGUCAAAUCCUUAGGCAGAUCGCUCCGGGCCUGCUGUUUUCGGUUCUCAGCGUAGUGGCCGGGCGAAGCGCUCCGGUUGACCCCGCUCACCGUGAGAGCCGCACGCGCUCCCUGGCCCGGGUUUUGGGCGUGGGUCCCCCACUCUAGCAGCGUGCUGCGCCUCCGGCUGGCAUGGCAGUGUCGCGGGGGGGGGCCUCGGGCUUGUUGCUUCCGGUUCUCAGCAUAGUCGGCGAAGCACUACGCCUGACGCCGCUCACCGUGAGAACGUCGACAGUGGACCUUUUCCGUGGAGAGAGCUAGGGGGUGGCUUCGUUCUACUCUCAGCCCGUUUGCGGGGUUUUACUUUUUGCGCCGUUUUUGGUUUUCCAUCCAAUUCGCGCAGCUUUAUGCUGUCGCGUUGCUGCCUACUUUUCAGCUGCUUCGCGUGUGCUAUCUCAUCUGUGAGCCUUUUACCCUCUCAGGCUUGCGAUAAGUCGCGUUCUAGCGCUUAGCUUCCUUGUCUGCUUCUGGCUUUCUCGAGAGGUGUGGGCGUGCGUCAUCUCAGGGCUUUGAUCUAAGUGAACAAGAACAACCCCGCGCGAGUGCUGCGCGGCUUUCACGUGCUUGAGCGAUGCAGCCUGUGAGCCGCUUGAGCUUUCUGAUCAGGAAGCAAGCCCAAGCCGAUGGGCUUGCCCGUUGCUUAUGGCUUACUCGAGAGGCCUCACCUUUUGCGCCCAUUCUUUUCUUAUCCAAAAAGCGCAGCGCGAUGAAGUUGCUGCGUACUUGUGAGCUGCUUAAGAGGUCCCACCCUUUGGCGCAGUUCAGGACCCUCAUCCAAAAGGCGCAACGCUGUGAAGCUGCUGGCCCUUUUGUUUGACUUGCUGGAAUGGAAGGCGAAGGUCUCACCCUCUGACCCAGCGCAGGCACCCUGUCCAAACGGCGCAGCUUUAUGAAGUUGCUGCCUACUUUUGAGCGACCUGCUUGAAAGGUCCCAGCUUUUGACAUUGACUCUGCUCAAACCUCUCACCCAAAAAGCGCAGCGGCAUGAUUUUGCUCUCUACUUUUGACCUGCUUGAAAGGUCCCAGCCUUUCAGUCAGCUCAGAGAUCUCUCACAAAGAAAGGGCGCAACUCUAUGAAAUUGCUGCCCACUUUUGACCUGCUUGAAGGGUCUCACUCUUUGGCCCAGAUCUGGCCCGCUUGCUUUUGCAAAGCGCGCAGCUUUAUGGAAUUGCCGCCCACUUUUGACCUGCUUGAAAGGUCCCACCUUUUGACCAAGCUCAGCCAGGCAUCUUAUCCAAACAGCACAAUUCUGUGGAGGGGCUGCUGUCUGCUUUUGGCUUGGCUUGUUUGAGAGGUCCCGCCUACCUUUUGACUUUGCAUGCUCAAGCCCCCUGCCCAAAGAGCGCAACUUACUUCAUGAAGCUGCUGCCUACUUUUGGCCCGCUCGUAAGGUCCCACGCUUUCACUCAGUCAAGCCAGGCAAGGCUUCUAACUCAAAGAGCGCAACUGUAAGAAAUUGCUGCCCACUUUUGACCUGCUUGAAAGGUCCCACCUUUUGACCCAGCUCAGGCCAGGGAAGCAUCUUAUCCGAAGCGCGCAACUUUAUGCGACUGCUGUCGUCUGCUUUUGACUUGCUUGAAGGGUCCCACCUUUUCACUCUGCUCUGGCCUCUUAUGCAAAGCGUGCGGCCUUCUGUGUUUCUUGUCUAUUUUUGACCUGCUUGAAAGGUCUCACCCUUUGACCCAGCUCAGGCCCCUUAUCCAAAGAGCGCAACUUUAUGAAGCUGCUGCCUACUUUCGAGCUGCUUGAAAGGUGUCACCCUUUGACUUAGCUCAGACCUGUUAUCCAAAAAGCGCAACAGACACUACGCCGCUGCUGUCUGCUUUUGAGCUGCUUGAAAGGUCUCACCCUUUGACGCCGCUCAGACUCCUUAUCCAAAAAGAACAACUCUACGAGACUGCUGGCUACUUUUGUUUUGACCUGCUUGAAAGGUCUCACCCUUUGAGCCAGCUCAGGCCUCUUAUCCAAAAAGCACAACUCUACGAAGUUGCAGUCUACUUUUGAGCUGCUUGAAAGGUCCCACCCUUUGAGCCCGCUCAGACUCCUUAUCUUAAACGCGCAACUUUAUGGGAUUGCUGUCCACUUUUGAAGUGCUUGAAAGGUCCCAGCCUUUGAGUCUGAGCCAGCUCAGACUUCAUACCCAAAAGGCGCAGCGUUAUGACGUUGCUGCCUCCUUUUGACCUGCUUGAGUGGCCCCAUCCUUUGAGCCAGCUCCAAGUCCCGCAUCCAAAGCGCGCAGCUUUGUGAAGUCGCUGCCUACUUUUGACCUGCUUGAAAGGUCUGACCCUUUGAGCCAGCUCAGGCGCCUUAUCCAAAAAGCAAGCAGAUGCCAACUCACUUGCUCAGCGUAUAGCUGCUGGAUGCUUGCCUCUGUUUGCAUUUCUUUGCUUGCAUGUGUGCCCUUAUUGUAGCACAUACGCAGACGCAGCGGAUUUUCUUCAUGAGAUGACUGGCCUCAGGCUGAGGCGCUUCGCUCUUCGUUUUUUGUCCAUGCAGCGCAGUCCCUGGCCUGUGCUGUUGGUUCAGGGUUUUGAGGUACUGCUGAAAGCCUUAGCAGGAGCAGAAUCGCGGGGGAGAUGUACUCAAAAGCGCGGCACUUUUUCGGCGCGAGAUGUAUACAUCUAGCCCGUACAUCUUUCCCAUGAUUUCCGUACAUCUCAAAAAAGUAGAACUCUGGAAACCUACUACGAAUCGCCCCGGUGUAAGUACAUCUCAAGAGUACUUCUUUCCCGUGAUUUACGUGCAAGAUAUAUAUCUCGAGAUAUAUAUCUCAGGCGUAUACAUCUCGCCCGUACAUCUUUGCCAUAAUUUGCGUACAUCUAAAGCUGUAAACUCACUCCUGUUUAGCAUUGAAAAUAAGUCUUGGCUUAUAAUAUAGAUAGUCAUAGUUUAAAUAUGACGCGGAUGUCACACAACUUCGCGAUGGCGUCAUCCCGAAGUAAAGAAGCAUCCUACUCCUAAUGCGUAGCUAUCUCAUUCUAAAAGUUUAGGAUCGUCGUACUAAUACUAUGCAAGUGUAUAUAUGUUGGAACAUCUGAACACAUCAAAGCACGCUAUGAAGCUCUUGAGAGCAAUUGGAGCCACUACCAUUGCAAUGAAACAGAAAGACAAGCAGAACGGACGCGCCGAAUGAUCGCUGACUGUCUAAGUAAGGCCCUGAAAUGGUACCAAAAUGGACUCAAUGCCAUUGGGGUACCAUGAGGGGCCAUAGUGCAGCUAAAGAUCUGGGAGAUCUUGCUCCUGCUGCUCAUUCAUGUGGGAACUCAUUGAGUUCAACUGAUGACCACGCGAGGAACUAACAAGAGUCCAAGACAAGGAACGGCGUCGAUGUCGAUCAUGAUCAAGCUGACGAGUGAGCGCAGUCAUUUGGCACUCAAAUCAGGUUCAUCCAUAGGAUCUAGCGCCGGCAAUGGCCAUUCAUUGACCAGCGCCCCUCCUCAGUCGCUAGAUGAGGAAAUGGCGGGGGUUACGAAUGGCCUGGCGUUACUGCUCCAACCCUGGGCCAUCACUAGUUGCUAAUAUAUAGCCUAUGACGCCACCAGUGGCCAAUGAUCUAACACCGCAAGACGAUAGAGUAGGCAAGCGCCGCCGGAGAGCCAGAGCUUGAACCAGUCUCGUCGUCUUCUUCUUCCGUGUCGCUAUCGUCUUCGUUCAACUUGGCUACGGCUAAUUGCUGGGCUCUCUAUGUGGUGUAGUAUUAGUCUUUGCUGGGUGGGUGGAUGAGCGUGGGGGCUUCGGUAGUCCAUCAGCCUUCAUAAGGUGAGUAGGGCAGAAAGCGACUUCCUCAGCUGCGUCUCUAGCCCUUAAAUAGCGGGGCGCGUAGUGUCUACUUUUGGGCUUCGUGUCGUCACUCUUUGCCGUCGAUGUUGCGGACUGGUUGACUGUCGACCCACAACGUGGCAUCGUCGAGGGGUGGCGAUAUACCAGACUGCGUCUCCACUAGUUUAGUCGGCAAGGGAUUGGAGAUGAAGUCUGCGAAGUCAUGCAGCUCGCUCAUGGCAAUAGUGUCCGGCGCGGCUAUAUGCUCUGACUCUGCGGCUGAAUAUGCACGCACGGUUUGGGUAUUGCGUUUCCAGCAGAUUGGAGAACCCCGGCAGUAGAUAGUCGAGCCACUGGCCGAGCGCGUGCGCUUUAUGCAGUUUGCAAGUCUUAUCCUGCACCUGAGGGCCAAUCGGUAUUAGGUAACUCCCUACCUUCUGGUAAGCGCUUCUUGUGAAUUUCGUUGAAUUCUUCUCAUUUUCUGGAGGGUAGAUAGUAGAGUCCUUGGCCUUUUGUCGUAGCUAGAUACUUCAAUACUUUGCUUUCUCCAGGCUUUUGCAAUUCUUUCAGUUACGGGCUUACUGACAUACCGCGCCAAUGUCGCCACGGGGGCGCAUAUGUCUGGCUUUGCGGUUGUCGAUAUCAAUCCAAAGCAGUGCGCCAACAGUCUCACGCAAUGGGAACCCGGCUGCUAGCUUAGGCCCCUCCUCAAGCAAUGCAGACUCGUCGAAAUUUGGAGACCGCGCCGGCCUGCCUAGUGUUAUUCUAUACUUCUUCAAAAUUUUCUCUAUGUGCACACUCGUCAGGAUUUUCACGGAUCGCGCUUCCCGACAAUAGUGCACAAUCGCACCAAGAAAGUCGAACUCUAGCCAUUCGAAACCGGAGUGGGUAUCGACUCGCUUUGCCAUCUCAAUAGUAUAGGUCGGCCGGGGGCGCGACUAAAUACCCGGCCGAGCUCGGGCCGUAGCUCUUCUCUUGCUAGUCAGGUCCCGUAGCUAAGUUAGCACCAACAUAGACUGGCGUCUUCGUGUACUUUCUUGGGUGCGUUUUGCUCUUUUUCCGCCACAAUCCUGGCGCAGAAGGAAACGGCUCCCGUCUGAGUUCGGGCAAUAGGUAACACGCAAUACUUCUUGGCCCAGGCUCGUGGGGCGUCCUUGAGCCCAUGCGGCGCUUUCUUAAGCUUGACGAUAUCCGCUCCAUGCUUCUCCGCCCACACUGGUGGAAGACGGCAGAAGCAAGACGCCGCGAUCGAGUUCAGCAUUAAGAGACGCCGAAUCAAGAUCAAAGGGGGCGACGAAAGCGGACUCCGUCGCCGCUGAGACUAGUAAGGGUCUAUUAGCAGCGUGUGACACUACAGGGGCGUAGGUGUCGAUAUUCUUUGAACGGUCAAGAUUCCCGAGCACACAGGCGCGAGCUUUGAAUGUUCCAUCAUGUUUUACCGUGGGAACGAUUGCCAUAGGCAUUACCUGAGAAGCGGCCCGCAGCUCCUCGCCAGUAGCUGGCGCCCAAGUCUCGAAGGCAAGUAGUCUAGCUUCCUCCUUGGUGAUAGCCGCUCGCCAUUUUUCGGCGUCAGGGCUUUGCAAGGCUUGGGAAACUGAAAGCGUGGCAUGUGCUUCGGGAAAGGCUUCCCCUUCUUCCAGCUCAUGCCCGCGCGCUAGCAUGGCAAAUUUAUUCAUGUCUUUUCUCAAUGCUUCAAGCUCGGACUUUGGUCCUUCUCUUGCGUUGUCUUGGAUUCUUAUCCCUGCCCCCUUUGGGUCUUCCUCGGCCUUUCUUCCCCUCCUCGGCUUUGCUUGGCUGAGGUGGUGGAGUGGGUAUCGGCCUUGGGUUAGACUUUGCUUCAGGAUUAGGGUCAGGUGGCACACGCUCCGAUGAGCUAUUCCCCUCCCCAACGUGUUCGUUGCGCGUCAGAGUUGGAAUCGUCGUCGGUCUUUGGAUCUCCUUCUCUGUCCAAAGAUUCACAGAAAAACUCACCCGCUUCGUUUUUGUCUGAUAUCAUUUCCAUGCCGGUUGGAUCGCCUGAGCUGUACGCCGUGCCAGAGAAGCGCGGCCGACAGGCCAUACGUUGCAGCGCAUGUCUGUGCAGGACGGGACCCAGCGACGGCGUGCCAGACUGCAGGCCUUCCAGUGGGUCGCAAUCGAUAUAAAUGCCCUCCGACGUAGGCAAUAGCCAGUCAAUGUUCUUCACUAGUAUCGACUCUCGAAGUUUCACAUCUAGCGUGGAAUACUCACUCCACUGGAAGCCAGCCGCUGUUCUCCCAUCAUUGUGUUGCGUGCCCAUUAGCCAACCAGCCGAAACUGGACAGAGAUUGAGGAACACACCACGCCGAUAAGGUGGCGCAGGCUUUGCCCCUUUCUUGUUGGUGGUGUCCACGACCUGCUCGCGAAAGUACACCAAGCAGCCGAAAAUCUUCUUAACAUACCUAGACCACUUGCCACCACUUUUCGAGGAUUUCUCCUCUAUCCUUUUUUCUAGUAUCUCGACAGGACUCCUGCCGUCAUGUUCUGGCAUUUUUGCACAGCGAUGCGGUAAGCGAUUCCAACAGUCUCUGGAAUACUGGAGGCAGUAACACCAAGAACGCCGGCCGACUUUGACCAACAUGGUACGCACAGCGCCGAACAUGGUCCGCGUGAAGCGUUCGCGCCAUCUCUGGGCUGUAAGGAACUCCUGGAAUUUCUGAAACCAGUAGCGACUGCAUGACUUUGGUCAUCUGGUCACUACUCAGGACGGGUUCGCUAUCUCUACGGAUGAGCCGCGCUACUUUGUCGCCGAGUGGCAAUGGGUAGUCUUGGUGAAUGUCUUUCGUCACUUCUUCAAUCACCUCGACGCAGUCUGACUUAAGGCAUAGAGGUCGAACGAAGCGCAUUUUAAUCGAAUCGCAAACAAUAAUUAAAGCGCAUCUCUUGCCUCUUAUGAAUACUGGCUGAAUACCGACUGCGAAAUCAGUUGCGACCGAGCGUUUUUAGCGGAGCGGGUAUCUAUAUGCCCAGCGGGCCUCGCUUUUGCGUGAGAGCGUCUGUGGCCUUUGGUCCGGUCACAUUUUGGAGGACAAGAUACCCUAAGACUAUCGGCGUGAAAGUGGCUAAAAAAAUCUACGACGUGUGUCUAGUCUUGAAGUUUGUGACUGAAGUCUAGCCCCUUCUACACUAAUACGCACUGCAUCCUCCUCAGUUUCGUCUUCUUCUUUGCUAAACAUGUCACAGCGACAGCCUAGAGUAGGCAGCUGCGUCUGGGGGCAAUUUGUUAUGGGUAGAGAGCGGCCGGGGCGGGUAUUGUACAACGCUCCGCCACUUUCUGUAAAGUUCAUUCGCCAGCCUUUCUCGUUGCAGUUUCUUGCUCCUAGCCAUGGCGUAAUGCGAUCUAUGGCUUUUGGUAGGUGUUAGCUCAAAGUGUGCGCCAUACUUUAGCCCUAAUCUAUUUUCUUUUAGUCUGCCCAAGUUCCCGCUUCGCUGUCCAGCGGUGCCGCUAAUAAAUGUGACAGGGCCGGUAGCUAAUCUCCUGGAAACAAAUCGGAGCGAUAGCGAUACGAUGGCGAGGCGAGUACUUAUUUGCACAGCUGUCAGCAAGUGGGUGCGGGACUGUUUUGCUAUUGUCUCUUUUAUUUGCACUAAGGUAACAGACGGAGCGACCAUCAAUCGCAUAGCUCUCACCCCAAAGCAGUUCACUUCUAUACUCGUUACUCUCUGAGCUUUCCUCAAAGUUCAGAGAACGUCUGCCAUUCUCGUGGCCGUGACCUUCUUCAAAUUCUUCUUUAUCAGCUUGGGUCUGUCCAUCUUGUUGCCCAUAUCCACUCCAUUGAUUCCUGAUUGGGUUCCUCUCAGCGUUGUGGCUGUUGUCCACCCCAUUGCUGUGGGCUAUUGUUGUCGAAUCCUUUUCCUCCACUUUGUUGCGGUGGAUGGCUGGCGCCCUUUGUUGCGGUGGAUGGCUGUCCUGGUGCCGCGGAGGCAUACUAUAGCGCUACCUUGCGGCCAGCAGUUGCGUGAAUUGUCGAAGAAGUUGCUGCCCAUGGCUUUACUAGGUUGGUAGCUUUGACUCGUCGGCUUUAGCCAGCAUUUAUGCGCCUUAUGUCCAUACUUGUGGCAAUAGUUGCACUGGGUGCCCUCGUUAGGAUUUGAGCCCUUGGCAACUUUACCUUUGCCAUUUCUUUUGUUCUUCGUGCUAGGGUUAGCGUCAUUCGAUUCUUUCCAAUUCCUUUCGCUCUUGAUUUCUUUGCGAAUCUUCUUGCGAAGUCGUUUGGUGUCGUUGUCUUCUUGAGAGCGGCAAACGCGUUAGCAUCGUGAUCGUCAUCGCCCUCAUCUUGACGCUUGCGCUUCUUGGUUUUGGUAUUGUUCUGGUUUUUAUCAUCGGAACCUUCGACAGCCGGAAAGGCUUUGCCGAGAGAUGGGCUCUGUCUCGAUCUUGUGCUGACUGGAGUCAAUUAAACUGCGAAGCCUUUUCGUGAGUCUUUCACCGAUUUGGACGAACGUUAGAGGGUCUUCUUCUUGCAUCCUCUCGAUUGUCUGUCGAAAUGCUUUGGGGAACAUUUUAGGCAGAGCGUCGAGGGCUGCUCCGCUUUGUUGGUCAGCAAUAGCCGCACCAACUUCCGGCGGGUAGACGGUCGGAGGUUGGUUCGUGACAUCUCUAACCUUCGCCAGGAAUGUUGGAGCGAGCGUGAACGCCUGGAGGAGCGUCGCGGUUCGUGAAGUGCAUUCCUUCCAAUGCUGGAGCCGGGUUUCGCUGCUCUGUGCGGUCAUUUUGACUGGAGCCAGGCCAGCGUCGCGGAGAUUCGUCACCACUUCGCCGGCGUUCAUUGCUGUGGUAUCUUGGUCCUCCGUAUGCGCCUCGGCUGCACCUUUGGGCGCCUUAAUGAUCACACUCGUCAAACCUCGCCAAUUCUGCUGAAGCAAGCUUGCGGCCGUUAUUGUUGGGCUGGUUCGGAACCCCUGCCGCGUUGCCGUUCAGCACGUUGCUGAGGUAUUGGACUAAGUCCAGGCGGUCUGCUUCUUGCGUUACCGCUCGAAGCCAGUCACGCCAGUCGGGUCCAUUUCUGCCCCAGUUUGGGUGAAAUCUCGCCAGGACUCACAUCGGGCAUUUUGUGGCGCAGUUAGUGCGGCUUUUCUCUACUUCUACAAUCAAUGGAGCAACUGACAACUUUUCUAGACUAUUUAAGCAAGGCCCAAGGGCUUGGGACAGUGUUGGAACAUGUGAACACAUCCAAGCACGCUAUGGAGCUCUUGAGAGCAAUUGGAGCUACUAUCGUUGCAAUGAAACAAAAAGACAACCAGAACGGACGCGCCGACUGGUCGCUGACUGUUUAAGGCGCUGGCUUGGUAUCGAAGUGGUUUCAAUGUCAUUGGGAUUUCAUGCAGGGUCGUAGUGCAGUUAAAGACCUGGGGGGUCUUGCUGCUCAUUCAUUUUGGAACUCAUUGAGUUCCACUGAUGAUCACGUGAGGAACUAACAAGAGUUCAAGACAAGGGACGGCGUUGAUCAUGAUCAGGGUCGUGAUGGCAGUCACUUGGCAUACAAAUCAGGUCCAUUCAGAGGGUCUAGGGCUGGCAAUGGCCAUUGGUCAACAAUAUACGCCGUGCGUGUGUUUGUUACUUGUGCUUGCGUCGUGUGGUGUCGUCGCUGUGAAGCUCCGUCCGCGUGUACUGUCGCCGAAACCUAACCCACUUGUUCUUGACUUCUUCUACAUAGUAUGGCCUUUUUCAUAUAGCUGCUCAUCAGGACGGCAAAUCGUCACUCGAUGGCGGGACGGCGGAAGCACUUGGCCGGUUGUACGCAAGUACGAUAAAACAGGAAUGGGGUUUGAAGACCAACAAAGAGGACGACUUCGAAACGUGGCACGCGCCCGGCGUGGACUUCCGUACGACAGAAAAUCCAAUCGAUUUCGCCGAUUGCUGUUACGAUUUUCUGUGACAUCCAUCUUUUUCAAUUUCUUUCCAGGAGGUUUUUUUACUAAGGAAGGUAUGCAGUACUAGCAGAAGUAGUUUUUUGACCUCCUCUAGGUUUUCAAUUUCAUUAUUGACGAAAGGUUAUGUUUAAUUAUGACUGAAUGUUAGACUCCGCCACCUUCUUUUACUAACUAGUUAUAAUAGAUAGCUAUGUCUUCGUUCUAAUGCGCGGUCGUCCGUAAUGCAAAAGUCGGACCAGAAAGCGAGCGACGAGCUCUCUUUACUGGGCCAAACACUAUAAACGGUUAUUAUGUGGUGGAGCAGGGUCAAGAGAAGCAAGUGCUCGUCGGCAGGCCAGUGUCUUUGUUUUUCGUGGCUGCGCCUAAUGGAGGUUCUUGGGGUGGCACUGCCCAUGGUUCUCAACGACGUACAUUCAGUAUGGACGAUGUUUUUCCCAUCUGGCCGAGCAUCGACAUCGAGGCUGCGCCUUUUCCUUUUCAAACUGUAUAAUCGAAAUAUUAGAGCAAGCGAGUAACAAAAAACUCAAUAACCGAGUAUCUGCAAUUGUUAUCUAAAUAGAUUUGUCGCUUAUUUCAGUUUAUCGAAUAGCUUCAGAGGAGUCUCGAUGUUGGUCUGCAAAGAUGGAAAAAAUAUCAUUCAUAUUCAGCAAGAAGUCUGGUGGUUGGAGCGACUACUACACCUGGAGGGGCGCAUCUGGCGUCUAUACGUACAAGUACGAAGACGGUGUCGAGGAGCUGCAGGAUGGCACUGGCUUUUUCUUCUUUCUCUCUGG